GGAAUGCGUCCUAAAGGGUCGGAUACCAGACACAAGUCGGCGUUCAUGUCCUGGCAACGCACGACGUACAUGUAUGUGACGUGACGUAUGUAUAGUCCCAGGACCUAGCGACCCAAAAAGGUCUUAAGCCACCAUGCCUCCUGCACGAGGUGUCAAAAAACCCAAGGAUGACAAAAGCGACCACCGUGUGCUGGCCAACCGCUACUUGGUGGAGAAAAAGCUGGGCAGCGGCAACUAUGGCACGGCGUACCUGGUGCAUGACAACAAGGCUAACACCAACAAGGGGGAAGAGGAAUGGAAAGUCUUGAAGGAGAUAUCGUGCAGCGAUUUGGCACCAGACGAGACGGUGGACGCCAUGCACGAGGCCAAGCUUUUGUCCAAGUUGCACCAUCCCAACAUCGUCAGGUUCAACGACAGCUUCCUGGAUGGGGAGUUCUUCUGCAUCAUCACAGAAUACUGCGAGGGCGGGGAUCUAGACGACAAGAUCACGGCCUGCAAGAAAUCCGGUCGGCAGUUUGACCAGAACCUGAUCAUGGAUUGGUUUGUACAGUUGGUGCUUGCCGUUCAGCACAUGCAUAGCAGGAGAGUCCUCCAUCGAGAUUUAAAGACCCGAAACAUCUUCUUGAAGAACAACAUGAUCAAGAUCGGUGACUUUGGCAUUUCCCGCGUGCUGAUGGGCACCACCGACAUGGCCAGCACGUUCACCGGUACCCCGUACUACAUGAGCCCUGAAGUGCUAAAACAUGAGGGCUACAAUUCCAAAUCAGAUGUUUGGUCCAUUGCCUGCAUACUCUACGAGUUGUGUUCCCUCCAGCAUGCCUUUGAGGGCCAGUCACUGAUGGGCGUCAUGUACAAGAUAGUGGAAGGAAAAAUCCCAGAGAUACCAAAGAAGUACGACAGCAACAUCCAAGAGCUGUUGAAUAUAAUGUUGAACCGAGAUCCUGACAAGAGGCCGUCAGCCACCGAAGUGACAAAGUUACCAUUUGUGUUGCGACACAUGGAGAAGAUGAAGAGGCGCAUCGUGGAGAUGAAGGAACAGCGGGAGGAGUCACGGGAGUACAUCGAGCGGGACACGCAGGAGCUGGCCACCUUGCUGAGGGAGAAGACCCACCUGGAGGACCUGCAGGAUGUCUCGCUGCGAGAGUACCCACAGCAGGCCCCGCCCCACCCCCAGCAGCACCAGGGCCCCACUGUCCAGGACCCCUACAAGCACCUGACCCCCAAGGAGCGCAUGCGGAUCAGGAAGAUGCAGCUGGCUGACGAGAAGGCGCAGGUCAUCAGUGCGCAUGCAAGAAACAACCUGGUGGAGAACAUCCAGAGGAAGGAGGUACUGAAGGGGACGAUAGGGACCUUCAACCGGCCAGCCUGGCAAGGUGGACGAGGAGAGCAACAUCAACCGGUGCAUUACGGUGAGCGCUCACAGGGUUACAGCGAGGGGUCAUUCCGGGGCCGGCUACCAGCUACGUCACCAGACACCUAUUAUGAUGACAGUGGAGGGAUGGGGGACACUGUCAGUAACUGGGAGCGAGAGGACAUGGGCACUGUCCGAGAAGUUUCAUACCAUUCCUAUGAUGACAGGCCUGUCAAGCCAACAGUGUCUCCCAGUGCAUACACAAAGGAAGGUCCAUACCAAUCCUAUGACGAUAGACCCAUUAAGCCAGCUGUGUCACCUAACCCGUACAGUGAAGAAGGUAUGAGCACGCUGAAGGCACCGUCAGCAGGUGACAAUCGCCCCAUCACUCCCCUCAAGGAGAAGAUCAAUCUGGACGAUCCCAACAUCUCUCUUGCCACCCCGCCGGGCCUGAAACCACUCCAGAAGAAGAAGGAGCCAGCCAAAGGAAAACAGACACAGCAGUCCAAACCAGCCCCUCAAAAGUCGGCCAAGGGCGGCAAGCCAAGCCCACUCAACACCUCGCAAGGGGUCAAGCCCGCCAAGUCUCCAUCCUCGCCAGUUAAGAAGGCCCCUCCCAUGAACCCUACAAAGCGAGCCGCCCCGGCUAAAAAAGAGUUGGAAUCCCCCACCAAGGUGCUGUCCAGGGUCGCUGAGGCGAUCCCAGCCGAUGCAGAUGCUGCAGAGACCUACUACUCACAGCACGAAGACUUCGAGUCGGGCUCAGAAUCUGGAUCUGAUGAUGACGUGGGCUCCGACAUGGAUGAUGACUACGAUGCAUUGAUGGAGUGCAUGCAAAGUGCAUUGGAUACGGAUUCUGGAGAUCAAGGUGCAACCCUGAAAGACAACACUCUCAGUCCCUUCUCCCCAGCCAUGAGAGAGACCAAAAUCCGAAAUCUCAGAGUUGAGUGCGAACGCAAAAUCGGCAAGGAGUCUUUCAAGAAUGCGUACGCAUUCCUCAAGGCAGCGCGAUUCGGCGACAGAAGGUCGGCGGGCGAUACCACCAUGGAUGAGGGGGAGAUCAUGAAGGGGCUGAAGAAGUUUGUCAAGAACCCCAGUGACUGUUUCCUGAUUGACCAGCUGCUGUUCCUGGAGGAGCAGGCAUCCUUCGACAGAUAACAGGCGAGGGGCAGCGUGAUUUCUUUCCCUCUGGAUUUGGAAUGGCCAACACUUAUUCAGACAGACGCUCUGUCAAGAGUCACUAUUUCCAGAAGAACAAAUAGACCAGUUGCAAGUGAGUUGUAGGUAUGUCUGGCUCCCCUCCCGUUUGUCUCUACCUAAAAACCUGAGUGAAAUUUAUUUUUAAUGAGCUAUUCCUGAAAAUCAGAGAUUCGAAGUACAUGUACAGUGUACAUAGAAAAUUCCCAUUGAACAAGAGGUCACAUAAUGAGAUGAAUGUUGAGAUACUGGAAAAUUUGCCCAGCCAGUGAACUGAACAUAACACUUAAGAGUGUUUCCUUUGUAAAUCAUAUGAUGCAAGAUAUGGGGCGGAGAGAACCCCCUGCCUUUGUGUUGGUCAUUGUUUGAUCGGAAUCUCAGGAAU